AUGGGCUUUACGAGUCGACGCCCACUUCUGCCUGCACCGACCGACUCUCUAUUGGGUUCGGCCAACGAUACUGGUAUCGAAACCGACUUUGGUACAGAUCUCUCCAGAAGAACCGACAAAACCUCCGACACUAUCCCGGAAGACGGCACCCCGAUUACAAUUGCGACGGCUCCUAAGCGCAAAACUCCCAACAAGCUCACGAAGACCCGGCAGCAGUCUCAGACAUCCCUGCUCAUUGAGUAUUUUGAGGGAAGCAAGGCAGUCGAAUCAGGUCAGAGGCGACCAAGCCUACGUGUGAGAUAUACUCCGUCUCAAUCGCGCAAGAGCAAAGAGAAAGGAGAGGGGCACAUACUGGUCACAGAAUCCCCAACGGCUAGGCGGCCCUCUCAAAGCCAUCGCGUCCUCCUUGGAGGCAACGAGGCGCUUGCGGACAACACUGCCUCAAGCAGCAUAAGCGCUUUGGACCCAUCUGACAACUUCCAAGCCCACGCGCCUGUGGAGGUCGAACUCUUACACUCCACCGGAAGCGAGUUAUCUGAGCGGACUGCCUCUCCAGAACCAAGAUACAUACUCCCGGAAUCCGACAUCUCGUCUAUGCCAGCCGAAAGCUCACUGGGUCCACGACAGUCCGCCUUCAUAUCAUCAUCAACGCAUAGCGACAGCGUUGUUGAGUUCCCAACCGCAACCAUGCUUAAACCACCCGUGAUCAUGACAGAUCGAAACUCGAGUCAAGAGCGGAUCACGCAAAAGGUGAUCGAGAAGCUGAGCAAUAAGCCAAGAGUGUCGAGCAGUGGAAAGCGACAUACCAGCAGUCACAGUGGCAGUCGCAGUACUCGAAGCAGAGAAGCAGAGGCGGGAAUCUCUGAACCGCGCAUUCGUCUCACCAAAGCCACGGAUGUGGACUCUGUGCCGAGCGCUACUAAUUCUAGUCUUGUCAGCGGUUCUCACUUGUCGGCGGACCCUAGAGCAGCCGACCAACGAUCUGUCCAAUCAGGUGCUUCCAAUGUCUCUAUCUCAAACAAUCCAAAGCUAUUGAAGACCGUUGAAGAUGUCAUUAGGCGUCUGAUUCUACCCGAGCUCGAUGAAAUACGACGAGAUCAGAAGCACACCCAUCGUUCACGUCAAGAAAAGCUGAGCAACCCCUCCGAUGUUUCUUCCAGUACCAUCUCAAGGGAAGAUAAAGCACGUCGCAAGUCGUCGGGAAGCAAAUCAUCACGUCGAGUGAGCCGAGACUCUGAGUCUGGAAUGCCUUCGGGAUCGUCUCGUCGCUACAAGCAACACAAAAGUUUCGACGACGAUUCGCCAUCUGAGCAAAGUUACGAGCAAUCCGAAUCGGCCGAGAGUAGCAGCAUCCGUGAUGAGAAGAGGUCGCAUAAGCGAAGAAGUCACCGUGCCAAGGAUGUUGCUGCAGGGGCACUUGGCGGAGCUGCGCUCACAGCUGCCGCACUGAAGUCGCAUGACUCUGGUUCAAGUCUUGAUCAUCCAGAGCACCGUCGAAGGCGGAGGAGCAAAAGUCGAAGCAGCCGAAGCGCGAGCAUUGCCGAAAAAGAGGAUGCGUUCCGCAAGCAUCAUGUGCCGUCUAUGCCAUUUGUCAGCGAGAUUGGAACGGAUAUUACCCGAAGCUCAAUAAAAUCAUCAAACGACGGACGCGAGACGCCAACUCGACGUGAAGUCCGCGAAGUGAUACGUGGCUCACCACUGGAUUCGCAGUCACCCGCAUCUUAUACUCCUACCCGCAAUUCCUUUGAUCUCAAAAGAGGACUUGGUACUCAUCAUGGCAACUUUUCCGAGCAUGAUCUGUCCGGUCACGACAUAUCCAGCAGGAAAGAAAUCGUCGAGGAUGAAGAUAUCAACCGAUCGCACGAAGGUGAAGAUGGUGAUUUCGAUACACAUGGCUUUGCCGCUCUGACAGACCCAGAACGUGCCCGGGCAUAUGAGAGAAACCUCCAUCAACAACACCCAAUCCGACGAGGCCUAAGCCCUAUCCAAAGCGUGGCCAGUUAUCAAACAACCGAGCCAAACCGCAAUUCCAUGAUGCAGCAAAGAAGCUCUGAGUCCAUGAGCUCGUUCAAGAAGGAGCAGCAGAUGGACGAUCAAGUAUCGAUUUCCUCGUUGUCAUCACCACCGAGCACUGAUCUUGCGCGCUCAAGACGUCCUCAUGGUAUCAGUCUGGAAAACCGCAGUGAGAUUAUGGCGCAGCACAAAAAGUCUCCCCAUAAUACACCACGCCAAGCAGAUCCAGAAGCCGUCUUUGACGAGCAACAUCUCGAGAACGAGAGUUAUCGUGAUGCUCCAUAUAUCGAUAAAGUCACUGCUGGACAGCAAGUGGCUAAAGUGGCCGGUGCAACUCCAGAAUACUUUGAAUAUCCGCCCGGUGUCGAGUCAGCAGUGGCUUCCCUCAUUGAUCCCUCUGUUCUCGACGCGGACUACAACGACUCGGGGCAAUUCAAUCAAGCGGACUCGUUCACGGCCCGCGGACCCCGGAGUCCCCAGUACUCUCAGCCGAAUAGCCCACUGAAGCACGAGAUCUCACAGUACGGCGAAUAUGUUCCUACAGGAAGAGUGAACAUGGCAUCUCCUCCCCAGAGUCCUGCCCGUUCAGUCGAAGAUUAUGACGACCAACUGACUGAAACAACUCAUCCUGUUCCGGUUCCAGAAGCAGAAGCAGAUGCAGCUAACAACAAUCAGGCGGAGCGGUCUCCUGAUUCUGACAUCACUACCAAUCCCUCCAUCAUCAGAGGUCCUAUUCGUGGACUCGGAGAAGGGAACACAGACCAUUGGCCAUAUGACCCUACACCUCGACACUCUCGUGCGGAGGUAGCCCUUCCGCCUGUUAGUCGGGACAUACACUCUGCUGGUACCGAUCUCAUUCCCGAAGCCCUUUCUAUCAGCCGAGACCACGAUCUGGAGCCAAAGCGCGAUUUAUACACCCAAACACGGUCUCUGGGAACUCCUACAAGCGUCAAAGAUGAAGGGUAUGAAACCGGCGCCAACGCACGAUCUCCGGGCCUGUACUCAAACCACCAAGAUGCUCGACAUGAAAAUGAUCCACAAUAUCUGGGACUCAAAAGCCCUCCUGUAGAGGAUGAUCCUUUCACUGGCAAGCGUGAUAAAUAUGUCAGUGGCCUCUCGCAUGGUCUCUCGCCCAUGUAUGAUAGCGCCACUGGCCGAGGUCGUGACAACAUCCAGUCCAAGGAUAUUGUGGCGCUCAUGGACCAUUUGACAACUCGAGAUGCUCAGCGUAAUGCGAGGGAUACGGAGAUCUUGGUGACUUUGGUUCGAAGUGCCGCGGAGAUGCGCAAUUCUUUCGAAGACAUGAAAAAAUUCAUCGCCGAGCAAGAUGACAUGGUGAUGGACACGGCCGACAAACAGCAUGAGAGGACGCAAAAGAUUGUUGGUGGUCCACGACCGCAACCCACGGCAACACCUCGAACUAUCCAGUCUGUCACGCCGGAGGAAGACAUGCCAUCGAAGCGUCGUAAUGUCUUCCAACGGGCUCUCCGCGGUCUGGGUGCCAAAAACACUCAGGAGCUGCAGAAUAUCGAGUCAAUGCUGAUGCGACUACUUGACGAAGUUGAAGCUCUUCGUGCAGUUCAGGCCCCGAACAACACGCCAAACCAGCCCAGAUCUACCAGCUUGGCGUCAGUAGACAAUGCUCGCCCUCUUACGGAUACCGGUUAUGAGCCGGAAGGUCAGGCCGGGACUUCAUCAACUGGUGAUCGAUCUGGCUUCUUCUCGAAUAACUCCUCUCGUCAAGCGGACUACCGCAACUAUAGCAUACACCGCGACUCAGGAAACCGGGUGAGCACUGUCCUCGAGGGCGACGAGGAAUAUGACGACUAUGGUAUGCCUCUGGGCGGAGCUACUGCUGGAAAUGUUCAGGCCACAGUGCAGACGCCACCAAGGAAUGAGGUAAUUCAACAGGCCAGAGCUGGCUCGGCACCCCUUAGAACGCCCCCUCGUUUGCACGAGCCGAACACGAACUCACUCAGCAACGAGAACACACCUCAUUACUCAGCUGGUGACGGAUCUGGACGCAAACACAAGUCAUUUGCGUCGUCAUUCGUGCCAAAAAUGAUGUCUCGAUGGUCAAAGACUACCACGUCGUCUGCAGACAAUUACCGAUCGAGUACACAGCGAAUGCGUCCGCAAUCGGAAAUGUCUCGUUCUGGAUCUGAUCUGGGAGAGUAUGAGUUUGAGCAUGAUCCCCAGGGUGAUGACCGGCUUCGAUCACAACAUUCCCUCCAGCAGGACCAGUAUCAAGAUCAGGAGAAUCGUCCGCCAUCGCCAUUGAUACCUAGCCAGUUAUCCGACAACCCCAAAUACCAGGCCCAUCGCAACAGCAUGAACCUACAACAUCCCCAACCCCGACAAGGUCCAACUGGCCGCUUCCAAUCGCGACUGGAAUCAGAGGCCCAGCUCUACAGUACCCAGAUCUCGCCCACGUCGCAACACUCGUCUCAGUUCGAGACUCACUCGGGACUCCAAGAGCCAAACGGUCAUGCUGCCAUGUACGGUGGUCAUCAAAGCCCUAUGUCGGAUGGACAGUAUGACGACGGAAGUGUUCACUCGGCAAGCUCACAAGGGCCGCCACGACCACCAAAAAUAUUGGACGAGGACCCUUUGGUGCCACAGCGACCGCCAAAAAUAUUGAUGAACUCACCUCAGUCCAACAGAGGGCAGACAUAUGUUGAUCAUGUGGCUGCUGCCAGGGCUGGUAGUCCGGCUUUUGAUAAGUCACCAAUUGCGGCACUGCGAUCGCCUCAGAGUCAAACGCGGAAGCCGUCAGGGCCGAGACCACUUAACAACGCAGGCGGACCAAAGGGCGGAUCCGUUACGGUCAAGAGAGCACAUUUCAGAAACAGUCCGACACAGGUUGAUAGCGAUGACGAGAAUUCUCUGCCGUAUUAA